GUAUCAGCUGAUAAGCGACAUAUGACUGUCACAUGACUACAAUGAAUUAAUUUAGCAUUUUUCUGGUUUCUGACCGCUAAGGUUUACAUAGACAUAUCUGUUAAAAUUCCUUGCUAAAACAUUUAAUACUGUAGUUUUAGCAUAAGUACAAAUAAGAUUGUUUCUCAAUGGGAGCGAUUGCUGUUUUUUGCAGCUAGCUAGCUAGCUAACUUAUUAGAGAGUUAUGUUUGCUAGUUUGGGAGAUUCAAUAAGACAACGAUCUGAAUUAGUUUCUUAAUCAGUGUUUGGUUUUAGGCGCAUUUUGUACGGUUUUGGACUUAUAUGUUUAUUUUCACUUUGCAACUCUUGUAUUAUCGCCUCUGUAGUUUGACUUUUUAACGACCAAAAAUGCCUCAAACAGCGGCUGUCAUCAGUGGGAUCCAGAGGAUGGUUUUGUACGAAACAAGAGCAAGAUACUUUUUGGUUGGCAGCAACCAUGCACAGACCAAGCACAGAGUCCUAAAGAUUGACCGCACCGAACCAAAGGAUCUGGUGAUAAUUGACGAUAAGCAUGUGUAUAGCCAACAAGAAGUGCGGGAGCUACUAAGCCGUCUGGACUUGGGAAACCGCACCAAAAUGGGUCAAAAGGGCUCGUCUGGUUUGUCCAGAGCUGUGUCAGCUUUCGGCAUUGUAGGGUUUGUGCGUUUCCUUGAAGGGUAUUACAUUGUACUCAUCACCAAGCGCAGAAAAAUGGCUGACAUCGGUGGCCACUCCAUUUAUAAAAUUGAGGACACCACCAUGAUCUACAUCCCCAAUGACUCUGUUAGAGUCUCACAUCCUGAUGAAGCAAGGUACGUGCGAAUCUUUCAGAAUGUGGACCUUUCCAGCAACUUCUACUUCAGCUACAGCUACGACCUGAGCCACUCGUUGCAGUACAACCUGACAUUGCUGCAGAGACCUUACGAACUGUGGUCAGCGCCGCCCCCCUUGACUAAGGAAGAGGAACACACACAGGGCAAGCAGGACAGCUUUGACAUCUUUGAGGACGAAGGUUUGCCUACACAAGUGGUUUAUGGUCUCCAGAACGAGCCGUACUACAAGUACGUGUGGAACGGCAAGCUCCUUGAGCGGAUCAAGGACAUUGUGCAUCCUGACUGGCUCAUGUACAUAAUCCAUGGCUUUUGUGGCCAGUCCAAGCUUCUGAUCUACGGUCGACCGGUUCACAUCACCCUCAUUGCGAGGCGCUCCAGCAAAUUCGCCGGGACCCGCUUCCUGAAAAGAGGUGCUAACUGCGAGGGGGACGUAGCUAAUGAGGUAGAGACCGAACAGAUCGUCCACGAUGCCUCGGUUAUGUCUUUCACAGCAGGAAGCUACUCCUCGUACGUCCAGGUCCGAGGUUCUGUACCACUGUACUGGUCUCAGGACAUUUCCACCAUGAUGCCAAAGCCACCCAUAAGAUUGGACCAAGCAGAUCCAUAUGCUAAUAUAGCUGCCCUGCAUUUUGACCAGAUGCUGCAGCGGUUUGGAUCACCCAUCAUCAUCCUCAACCUGGUUAAGAAACGUGAAAAGAGGAAACACGAAAAGAUUCUCAGUGAAGAGCUCUACCCAGCUGUGAUCAACCUCAAUCAGUUCCUCCCUCCAGACCAUCGCAUUGACUACAUUGCCUGGGACAUGGCCCGCUACACCAAAAGCAAAUUAUGCAACGUUUUAGACCGCUUGAGCAUGAUAGCAGAAAACGUGGUGAAGCGAACAGGUUUCUUCAUCAAUCGCUCCGACUUCUACUGCCACACCCUGAGACCAGAUGACAGGUGGCGAGAUGUAGGUGGAUCUGUUACAUCCACUGGACGACUACAGACUGGUGUGUUGAGAACCAACUGUGUGGAUUGUUUGGAUCGUACCAAUACAGCCCAGUUCAUGGUGGGAAAAUGUGCACUGGCUUAUCAACUGUAUGCACUGGGAAUGAUAGAUAAGCCCAAGUUACAGUUUGAUACAGACUGUGUCAGGUUAUUUGAGGAGCUGUAUGAGGACCAUGGAGAUACUCUAUCUCUGCAGUAUGGCGGGUCUCAGCUGGUCCACAGGGUGAAAACCUACCGCAAAAUUGCACCCUGGACUCAGCACUCCAAAGACAUCAUGCAGACGUUGUCACGGUACUACAGCAAUGCUUUCUCGGAUGCAGACAGACAAGACGCCAUCAACUUGUUCCUUCAGGUUUACCAGCCGUCAGAGGGCAAGGCACAUCUGUGGGAGCUUCCCACUGACUUUUAUCUUCAUCAGAGGAGCACCAUGGCCCUUCAACACAACAGACACAGCUACACAUUUUGGUGGUCAGAAGGAGUCCUGUCCUACCUGCCUGUACCUUAUGAUGAAGUUGCUUGUGAGAACACAAUGAAGACCAUCAAAGUAAGGAGGAUGAACCAGUUUGAUGAAAGUGUUGACAUCUACACAGAGUUCUUCAAACCUUACGAGCUCACCUCCUUUGAUGAUACUUUCUGCAUUGCGAUGACCAACUCUGCAAGGGAAUUUAUGCCAAAAUCCGUGGGAGUGGAUCCAAGUCCGUUCACAGUCCGCAAGCCAGAGGAAACUGGAAAAUCAGUGCUGGGCAAGAGCAGCAAGGAGGAAACCAUUCUCCAGAGGAAGACUGCAGCCAGCGCGCCUCCCCCCCCCAGUGAGGAGGCCAUCUCCAGUACGUCUGAGGACGACUCGGAGGAGGAUCGGGACGACGAAGGGUCUGUUUCACAGCGCUCUACCCCGAUCAAGCUGCUGACAGAGUCUGGAGAGAGCGGUCGCACGCAAGAGGAGGUCCAGCCGCAGCAAGCAAUGAAGGAGCCUUAUGGUCGGAUUCUUGCAGAGUGUCCCGCAGAGGAGGAUUUGCUCAUUUAUGAAAGGUUUGCACAUCUUGGUGAGAACCAGCACACAGUGGAGAAAACAGAACGCAUAAACUUGGCGAAUAUCAUUUGCUUAGAACCAGUGUCCCACUUCAAGGAUGACAGCAUCUAUGCCGUCUCUCUUCCUCAAGUGGACAGAGGCAGUCACGAAAUGUUUGCGAGCCAUGUAAUGAUGGGUCACGGCCAGAUGAGGGCGCUGUGCAGGGAGGAUAUGUUGAUGUACAGGGAGUACGUGAAGAACAGAUACAUGUGAAAGCCAAAUAUCUGGAACUGGACGAUGAUGAGGACAAAAAUGUUUCAGGUUUUUUUGGGGGGGUUUUGCUCGUGACUCUGCUAAAUUGUGUGCAUUUGUCCUGACGAUGUACAGAAGACCUUACACAGCUGAAUUUUGACUUUAAAAAAAUUAUAAUAAAAUCUAAAAAGCCUUUUGUAUAUUGUCUGUUUUAUAAGUUUUCAACUAUUUUAUUUGUCCAAACCUGCAUUACAAGGCUACAAUGGUGGUUUUUAUAUGAUUUUCACAUUAUUUUAACUCUGAUAAAAGUUAUAUAGUAGCAGAAUAAAAAGCAAAUAUAAGUUGUGGGAAUUGAUGUAAAUAAUUGUAAUCUUAUGUUAUGCAACACAGUGCAAGGAGCUGGCAUUGAACUGUUUAUAAAAGAGCAUAUUAUUUGGAGUCAAUUUGUCAUUUCUGACUAAUUGUUUGUCUCUUUUUAAAUGCCGUUUUAUUUUGCACAUAUUCAUCAUUCCGAAAACAUGUCUGCUUAUUUUUGUAAAUAUGAAGUGUUUCUGUAAACUUGAACCAUAAAACCACCAUAGUUUACAAAGUGGAGCACAUUUUUUUCCUUUUUAUCAUGUUGUGUUGAACGUGUGAGAUGUGUCUUAAUAAAUUAAACACAUAUUUAUCCAACCUACA